AUGCUGGCGGCACGCACGGGGACCGUGGGGAACAAAAAUGCCGAGGAAGCCCUGAAGCUGAGGAAGCAGUCGGUGCUUUCCCUGGGGAGCAGGGAGAGAGCCCUGAAGAGCUCCUCAGAAAGCGGGAAGGAGGGCCGAGCCCGGGCCGGCCAGCCGCAGCAGCGUGCCCGGCGGCUGGCUCUGCUGCGGGAGCUGGAGAUGAACUGGUACCUGCGGGUCUGCGAGCUCUCCCACGAGUACACCAUCGCCUACACCACCGGGAUGCCCCACAGAAACCUUGGAAAAUCCGGACUGAGAGUCUCGUGCCUGGGCCUGGGGACAUGGGUCACUUUUGGAGGUCAAAUCUCAGACGAGGUGGCCGAGCAGCUGAUGACCAUCGCCUACGAAAGCGGCGUCAACCUGUUCGACACGGCCGAGGUGUAUGCGGCCGGCAAGGCUGAGGUCAUCCUGGGCAACAUCCUGAAGAAGAAGGGCUGGAGGAGGUCCAGCCUGGUCAUAACAACAAAACUGUACUGGGGCGGAAAAGCUGAAACGGAAAGAGGGCUUUCAAGAAAGCACAUCAUUGAAGGGCUAAAGGCGUCUCUCCAGAGGCUGCAGCUGGAGUACGUGGACGUCGUCUUCGCAAACCGGCCAGACAAUAAUACCCCCAUGGAAGAAAUUGUCCGAGCGAUGACACAUGUAAUAAAUCAAGGCAUGGCGAUGUACUGGGGAACAUCACGCUGGAGCGCUAUGGAGAUCAUGGAAGCCUACUCCGUAGCCAGGCAGUUUAACAUGAUACCACCUGUGUGCGAACAAGCUGAAUACCACCUUUUCCAAAGAGAGAAAGUGGAGGUUCAGCUGCCGGAAUUAUAUCACAAGAUCGGGGUCGGAGCAAUGACGUGGUCUCCACUAGCCUGCGGCAUCAUCUCAGGGAAAUACGGCAACGGGGUCCCUGAAAGCUCAAGGGCUGCACUAAAGUGCUACCAGUGGCUGAAAGAGAAAAUCAUCAGCGAGGAAGGCAGAAAGCAGCAGGUGAAGCUGAAAGACCUGUCGCCCAUCGCCGAGCGCCUCGGGUGCACGCUGCCUCAGCUGGCCGUCGCAUGGUGCCUGAGAAAUGAGGGGGUGAGCUCUGUUCUUCUAGGAUCUUCCAACCCAGAGCAGCUGAUAGAGAACCUCGGAGCCAUACAGGUCCUUCCAAAGAUGACAUCCCAUAUUGUAAAUGAAAUAGAUAAUAUUCUGGGAAACAAGCCCUACAGCAAGAAGGACUACAGAUCAUAA